UCUUUCCCGAAUUGGAUGGGAGCACGUGCUGGGGAGCGCGUGCUGGGGAGCGCGUGCUGGUGAACAGAACACUGGUUGCUUUGCGCCAGGCGCACGAACGCACGAACGGUGCGAGGUUUGCAAGCAGGUGUUACUUCCUUGCGAAGCCCGCCUCAUGGUACAAGGGGUCUUUUUCUUUGAAACACCGGAAGGAUGAACUGGAGGUGUUCGCAGAGUUUCUUGGACUCUCACGCCACAAAAUCAUCGUUGGCCCUUUCACGCAGUUUUUAGGCUUGAAAAGUUCAGGCCGAAGACAGGGACACGUUCCGGCCAUGUUCGCCAUCAGCAACCUCAGACCGCCGACGAAGCCAGACUGUCUGGAGGACGUGGACGAGUCGGUGCCCGAGGAUCCAUUCGAUGUGGACAGGAUGUCGUGCAAAAGACCUUCCCUUCUGGCAAGGGCCAAGAGGAAGAGAGCUGUGGUGAAGCAGAUGCGUCAGGAGCACCUUCAGAACUUUUUGAACGAGUUCCAGUUCAAGAAUGCCUUUACUCCCAGAAGCGAUUCUUCAAUCUUUGGCCGCAAGAAGUACUACCCGGUGCACGUGGCCGCCAGAUUGGGAGAUUGUGAGGUUCUUCGUGAUUUACUCUUACUUGGUGUAGAUGCGCAACAGACGGAUGCUUCCGGUUUGCUGCCGUUGGACAUUGCCCGAGCUGCAAGUCAUGGGAGGUCUCACCAACAGGUCAUCGAACUUCUACAGGAAGAGGUCAAGGUGGUGAGCAUGCGGGAGUUCCAUCAACUGGUGAACACCCGGACCAAGGAGCUUUGAGCUGCAGAUCCGCAGAUCGGCAGAUCUGCGAUUGGUCACCCAUGACAGACUGCCCCCCUGAUCAUUUUUGCGCCAAGAGGACGUGGCCUCAAAAAACGAGAAAGCGGUGAACAAAUGGCUUUUUGCGGGUUGGAAGAUGAGCCAUGUUAGUUUAGGACGGUUUGAAGGUCUUUUAGAGGCAAAAGCCUGUGACCUUCGAUCUGUAGCCCCUUCAACUUUCUGGCCAGGCCUACCCUGGCUUUUAAAAUUUGAAUUUUGUCUUUUGGCACUUCUGAUUCAGACAGUGCUGUGUGAAUCCGAUUUCUCCAUAUCGAAAGGGCGCAGAAUCAAUGAACCAUGCAUGUAAUAUGCUGC